UAUUCGGUCGUUGUCAUUGUGGUGAUAAUUCCUUAGUUUUCUACUCUAUGCUCAGCAUUCAUGUGUUGCCAUUCGUAACAGUUGCAACUUAUUCAUCGUUCCUGUUGUUUUUUCUAUCUCUUUUGCGUUUAUUUUCGCUUCUGUUAGAUUUUCUUUUUUGUUCGAUUGUUGGUUUUGUAUGUGUGUUUGACUGAACUCCGAUCCCAAGCAUCGCACUAUUUGACUCAGUUAUUUUUUUUAAGGCGUAACACUUUUUCGUGAUAAAAUUGUUGACAUUUUUUUUAAAUCCAAAAUCUCAAGUCAUUCUGUGCGAUGGCAUUUACAAAUUAUCAAAUAUUUCUUGCGCUUCUGCAAAUCACUACCGGUUCAAUCAAUACACUCAGUACAAAAUGGGCUGAUACAGUCGAAUCGGCCGAUUCUUCUGGUAACAAGAAGGAGUUUAAACAUCCGUUUGUGCAAGCAUGUGCCAUGUUUUUGGGGGAAUUCCUUUGUCUUCUCACUUUCAAAGCGGUCUACUUUACAUUGCGUAGAAAACGGGAUGGAUCCGAAGACGAAAAUACAUUGACUAAGGGAACGCGGGAAUUCAAUGCAUUCACUUUAUAUAUCCCUGCUAUCUGUGAUAUGGUCGGUACGUCACUCAUGUACAUUGGCUUGAAUUUGACCUUUGCAUCAAGUUUCCAAAUGUUCCGUGGUGCCGUUAUUAUUUUCGUGGCAUUGCUGAGCGUGGCAUUCUUGCAACGUCGUCUCGUUGCCCGAGAAUGGAUCGGCAUCUUUGUCAUUGUACUCGGUUUGGCUAUGGUUGGUGCAGCCGAUAUGUUGGUGUCCACGGAUGAUUCAAAACACUCUAGAAACGAUAUCAUUACCGGAGAUCUACUUAUUUUGACCGCCCAAAUAAUCACCGCCGUUCAAAUGGUCUACGAAGAGAAAUUCGUUGCUGGCCUUGAUAUUCCUGCAUUGCAAGCCGUUGGAUACGAAGGACUGUUCGGUUUUGCAACACUCGGUGCACUUUUGGUGCCAUUCUACUACAUCAAAGUUGGCCCACCGUUCAGCGACAAUACAACCGGCUCAUUGGAAAAUGUCUUCGAUGCCUUGUAUCAAAUUAAAAAUAGUUGGCAAAUUUUGGUCUCCAUCUUGGGUACAGUCGUUUCGAUUGCAUUCUUCAAUUAUGCUGGUAUUAGUGUGACCAAAGAGAUUUCGGCCACUACACGUAUGGUUUUGGAUUCGGUGCGUACCCUGGUGAUUUGGGUCUUCUCAAUGGUCAUCGGCUGGCAAGUCUUUCAGCCGUUGACAUUGUGUGGUUUCGUUUUCCUUCUGUUUGGUAUGUGCCUCUACAAUAAUAUAUUGAUUUGCCAAACGUAUCGAUUUAUUCGUGAUUCGUGCACUCGUCGUAUCUAUGGUAAUGUUGUGAACGAAACCAAUGUCAUCGUCAAUCGCCCCGCCGAUGAUACUUCUAAUCCAUGAAUUGUUUUUUUUUGUUAAAACUUUUGUUAUAAAAAAGAAAACAAGUCUGAUCCCAACUCGAAUUUCGUUUCAACCGGCAAACUUAACUAAAUAUUUUUCAGAUAAAAUGCGCCACAUUAGUUUUAAUUUAGAGAAAUUGUUUAUUGAACUACAGAUUUUAUUAGAACAAUAACAAACUACGAAUUAUAGAGAUAUUACAUUUUUUGAUUUCUGACGUCAAUAAAUAAAUGAAAUUUUUACUUUAUAUCGAUAAAA